AUGUCAAGUGAGAACGUGUAUAAUGAGACAUCAUUGACCACUAAUAAUAUUAUGAAUAUAUUACAGCAGAUUUCGAUAUCACCACCAGGCUCACCUUAUGAAGUAAAUGGAGUUACGCCAAUAAUAACAGGGCUAUCUACUUCUCAAAGGUCCAAUAAAUCAUCACUACAGCAUUUUCAUUCACUGCCAAAGUCAAUCAGGCCAAAGAGGAGAUUGUCAUCGUCAUCAUCAUUCAGUACUAUAAGCACUACUCCAGCUGCCACAACCGGCAACAAUUUUGAUAAGAACCACAAGAGGCAAAUAGUGAACCUAAGAGGACUAAGUCAAUUACAAUCGGGACGUCUAAUACCGUCGCCGUUUUCGAGAUCUUUUCUUAUUCAACGAUUGAAUACGUUUUCUGUUUUCAACUGGACAAUUGAUAACCCAAAGCUUUCACCACUUGCAUGUGCAUUACAGGGCUGGAAAUGUCAUGCGGUAAGGAAAAAUGAGCUACAUUGCACUGGCUGCCAUGCUGGUAUAAUUAUCAAGUUGCCUGAAGUUCCAGGAAGCGAUGUUAGUACAUACCCAGACGAAAAGAAAGUUUUCAAUAACCAGCACCAUAUGGAUGAUUACAACCAAGUUUUGAAUAACACAGAGAGAUACGAAUUGCAGUUUGAAUUUAAGUUUCUAGAUGAUGAAUUAGAUGAGGACGAAGAUGAUUAUAAUGAUGAUAUCCAUAUUUAUGAGACACUUGUGAAUUCCUUCACAAGCCGGUUGAUAAACGACCAUUACCCAACCUGUCCAUUUGUACCAUUUGUACCAUUGACACCCAAGGAUGAGAACUAUUAUCUCUCUCCGAAGGAUAUCAGCAGAGAAUUGAACAAGUUUACCAAUAGGCUUUUAAUCUUAAUGGCAAAUAAGAAUAGGCUAAUAGGUCGAAAUUUCAAAACACAAUUUUUAAGUUCUGAUGAACGAAUAUUUUUACUUGAAUAUCUAAGGGAGUCAUCGAGACAGAACGACACCACCAUCGCUACUGACAUUGAGGAUGAAGAUGGAAUAAAAAAUGGCAUCACAUGUGAUUAUGAGACUGACCAGAGAGUCAACCCAUGUCUGGAUGUUAUUUUGCCUGCAUUACUAGGCUGGGAGCUAAAGGUACAAACAUUUCAUAAUAAAAAAUUUCUACUUCUUAAUUGUGAAUGUUGUACAAGGCGGAUCUUGUUAUCAUCAACAGGAAUCGAAAGCGUCAAAGAUAUUGAAGAACUCAAGCCAUGCCCAUACCGUGCCGAGAUUCCGGCAAGGGAGCAACUCACUGAGUUCGACGAGACAAUAGGCAUACGAAACCAAGACCUAUUUGAGGAAGAUUAUGAUGAAGAGCUCAUUGAUCUUGAACUGGAACAUGACACAUGGUGUUGUAUGAAGGCUGGUUGGAGAAUAGUCCUCGAGGGACUUCGCAGCAUAACCGACGUAGACCUCAAGAACAUUCACCAUGGUCUCCACAAUGACGAAUAUCGCCAAACAAUUGAAAAUCUCCGGAGUUUAUAG